UCAUUUCUGCUGUAAUUCCAUGCCCGUCUUCAACAACCUCCGUAAUUUAUCUAUUGAGAGUAACGAGAAUAAUGGUUGGCAAGUAAUGCCACUUCUGCUCAAGAGUUGUCCAAAUCUACACGCUUUAUCCAUCAAGGGUCUUGUCCACAGAGUAACAAACAACUGCGGUGAUGCAUGCGCUUGCAUCCCUGAGAAGAAGAGGAGGAAGAUUUUGAAGAAGGACAUAUCUUGUUUAUGGACAUGUCAAGUGAAGUUGCUAGAAAUCUCAGAUUAUGGAGGUUCUUCUCAAGAGCUGAGACAGAUGAUUCAUUUCUUGGGCAAGUUGGCAUGUCUUGAAACUGUCAAAGUUGGCGUUAUAGCAGCAGACGACGACAACAGCAACAACAACAACAAUGAGUUGGUGCGAGCUAAUGUAGUGGCUCUACCCAGACUUUCAUCAAAGUGCAACAUCCAAUUCAUCUGAUCUUUCUUUCUUCAAAGUGCAACAUCCAAUUCAUCUGAUCUUUCUUUCUUCAUCUGCUCUAUCUGUUUCUGACAGACAAUAUUUCUAUCUUUGCCACAGUUAUGUUUCUAGCUAUAGAUAAGGUCUUUGUUCGAUUGACACUGCUCCCCGAUUUUCUUCUAAUUAAAACCUUGAGAUCUUACGACUAUAAUGUUUCCUGUAUGGAUUCAUUUCCUUGGCUUUUUUUCUAUCAAUAUUUUUGCAGAUUUGGACUUUUUGUUCCA